UCCUAACCCGAAGUACAUGGACAUUAGUGGACAGUAGCUCCGUGACAUGUUGCGCGAAUGGGGGAUGCUUAUAGCGUUCUGAUUACACUGGCAAUGCGGAGGUACCAACAACUGGAUAUUGCAUUUUCUGCCCCAAAAGGAGAAGGAUGCUGGAGGCAUUUUUGGAGCCAGAUUUCGUGAAUCAUGUUAGCAGGGAAGACGACAUAUCAAAACUGAGAUACAUAAAGGACAUGUUCGUAGGACCUCAUAUCAUCUAUGAGGUUAACAAGUGUACCGAGAUUGUGUUGCCUGUGAAAUUUGACUUCAAAUGGUCUACAUACAUAUGGGAUUUCCCAAGGGCCAAAAAAUUUGUCCUUGACCCAACGAUGCACAAUGGCGACGAAUCCGACAAGGACAUCCAGCAGAGGCACAGGAAGGUCGCACACGAGCUGCACAAGUCUAUUGAGAUAUGCAUAAAAUCAUUCUUCAUUGGAUGGGAGCCAGACAUGAGGAGGUGGAAUACCUACUUCCCAAAAGGUCUAGUUACUGGCAUAUGCAAGAGGGAAGACACGGGGAUAUACGCUACUCACUUGGCAAGGAACUGGAUGGGGACUAAACUUAAAAGGGAAAUAAACCCGGGAGAUGGCAUUAUGCAUGCUAGGAUGAACCUCCUUGUUGAUCUUCUUGGAACUGAAAAUAACAUUGGACACCUGCCCAAGAGGUACAAGGACUGUCUCUUCCCCAAAAGGGACAAGAAGAAUAACUGAUGUCUGAAUAAGCUAUUUUGAUGGUAGCAAAAAACCAUUUCCACAGUCUGGAUGAGGGCUGCCUGAAGGGCUACUAUAAGACAAUCAAACGUUCUUACGUGUUCAAGUACGGUUUCAUAUGUAUCAUUGCAUCUACGAUGAUACGAUGUAUUGUGUAUACGCACAAUGAGA